GAAUGAAACUGACCGUUGCCUGAGGUGAUAGACACUGCGAGGUGGCCAUUCUGUGUUUUUAUUGCUUCUGUUUGACGGGAAUACCGUAAAGCAGCAUGGCUACCAUCACUCCUGGUCGCUCUGCGGCUGCUAGUAUGCAUUCUCCUGGCAGGGGCUCUUCUACUCCGCUUUCUCCCACCAGGAUUACUCGCCUGCAGGAGAAAGAAGAGUUGCGGCACCUCAAUGACCGCCUGGCAGUAUAUAUAGACCGGGUGCGUUCAUUGGAACUGGAGAAUGACCGGCUGAUGGUGAAGAUUUCCGAGAAAGAGGAGGUCACUACACGGGAGGUUAGUGGAAUAAAGAAUCUCUAUGAAUCGGAGCUUGCUGAUGCUCGGCGAGUCCUUGAUGAAACCGCAAAAGACAGAGCAAGGCUACAGAUAGAACUGGGGAAAUAUCGAUCUGAACUUGAUGAGCUAACAAAGAACUACAAGAAGAAAGAUGGAGAUCUGUCUACUGCACACAGUCGCCUUAAGGACCUGGAUGCUGCAUUCCACCGCACUGAGGCAGAACUUGGAACGGUCCUUGGGGAGAAACGGAAUCUAGAGGCAGAAAUAGCAGAUCUGCGUGCUCAGCUAGCUAAGGCUGAAGAUGGCCAUGCUGUUGCUAAGAAGCAACUGGAAAGAGAAACUUUAAUGCGUGUAGACUAUGAAAAUCGCUGUCAAAGCCUACAAGAAGAAUUAGACUUCAGAAAGAACAUCUAUGAGGAGGAAUGCAAGGAGACAAGGAAGUACCGUGAGCAUCGCUCUGUAGAAGUGGACAGAGGCAUCCAAUAUGAUUACGAGUCUAAACUAGCACAGGCUCUGGAGGACCUCAGGAAACAGCACGAUGAGCAAGUGAAGUCUUACAAAGAAGAGCUUGAACAGACUUACCAGUCAAAGCUGGACAACAUUCGACGUUCCUCUGACCAAAAUGAUAAAGCAGCAAACACUGCUCGAGAAGAGCUGAGUGAGGCCCGUAUGAGGAUCGACACUCUCAGUUACCAACUUUUAGGCCUCCAGAAACAGGCAAAUGCUGCUGAAGAUCGUAUCCGAGAUCUUGAGGAGACAUUGAUAAAUGACCGCGAUAAGUAUCGGAAGAUAAUAGAUUCAAAGGAACGGGAGAUUGCAGAUAUGAGGAACCAGAUGCAGCAACAGCUAACGGAGUACCAGGACCUGCUUGAUGUCAAGCUUGCUCUGGACAUGGAGAUCAAUGCCUACCGCAAGCUCCUGGAGGGUGAAGAGGAGAGGCUAAAACUUUCACCGAGCCCUACUUCACGUGUCACUGUCUCCCGAGCCACCUCCAGCAGCAGCUCCUCUGCUGUACGCUCAUCCCGAAGCAAAAGAAAACGAGUUGAAACAGAGGAACAAGAGGAGAUGGGUGCAAGUUACGGUUCCUCGAGUGGCGCAGGCUUGCGAUCUGCUACUAGUGGGUCAGCAUACGUCUCUGCUAGUGAAGGUUUAAGCUCUGGGGUCACAAGUGGCCGAAGCAGUAGUCGAUUCCACCUAUCACAACAAGCUACAGCCACAGGCAGUGUCGGCAUUGAGGAGAUUGACAUGGAGGGGAAAUUCGUCCAUCUUAUAAAUAACUCUGAGAAGGAUCAAUCUCUUGGCAACUGGAGACUAAAGAGGAAAAUUGAUGAAGAAGAAGAAAUUGUUUAUAAGUUCACACCUAAAUAUGUACUGAAAGCAGGCCAGUCUGUAAAGAUAUAUGCUGCUGAUGCAGGUGUGGCUCACAGCCCUCCGUCUGUUUUGAUUUGGAAGAACCAGAGCUCCUGGGGAACAGGCAGCAAUAUUAGAACCUAUCUAGUUAACACUGAGGAAGAGGAAGUUGCUGUGAGAACAGUCUCAAAGUCUUCUCUGUCAAAUGUAGAAGAGGAGGAUGAAGAAGCAGAGUAUGGAGAGGAAGAUCUGUUUCACCAGCAGGGGGAUCCAAGGACGACAUCUAGAGGCUGUUCUGUUAUGUAAUAUCACUGAUUUUAUCAUUUUACAUCCCACCAGAGCCACUGAUCUAUUUUUUUACAUGUAGAAUAAGAUUUUUUUUUUUUAAUUCCUUGACAGAUUGAUACAUGUUCUGCAAGGAAUGUUUUCACUUCAAGUAGUAAAAGAAAAAUAUGAACACUAUAUCCCCUACAUUUUAAAAGGGGGUACAUUUUUAUAUUCUAGCCUUAAUGAAACUGUUAUAUUCAUAUUAUGUUUAGCAUUUUAGGUGUGCAAAUUAUUUGUAUCUGAAGAGAUGGGCCUAGUUUAAAUGUUACAAAACACAGGGAAAUGUGAUAAAAUUAUGCAAUUUUUCAAGGCCCUACCUUAAUGGAUUCAAAGUAAUGCAAACUUUUUUUUUUAUUUUUUUUUUAGUAUGUUACUCCUUUUGUUGCUUUAACAGUGUUUGACAAAGUGCUUUGCUUAAAAGGAGUAAAUUCUAAAUUAUUCGUACAGCAAAAGAGUUGUACAUUUAGUACUAGAAACUACAGAUGGUUUGCUUUUAGUGCACACACUUUGAUUUUAAUACAACUAGAUAUUGGAGCAUUUGUUUAAGAAAUCUCAUUUGUUAGGGAGUCCUAAAUCUCCAUUUUGAGAUCCGUUCCAGUUAUUUGCUUAAUGCUUAAGCAUUUUUUUAUGCCCGUUUUAUUAGGUUACAACAAAGCUACAAUAUUUAUAUCGAAGGCCUUUAUAGAUAUUGUAAUAGUAUGUUAGGAAAUACGUUGAAACAAAAAUCAGAAAUCCUUUCUAGUUGUUUGAUAAAGAAUUGAUAGUUGCUGCACAUAGAAAAAUAAUAUAACGUUUGUUUACUUUUUUUAAUCAUGAUGAAGUGGAUGUCAAACUCCAUAAAUUUGUAGAGGUGGGGAAAAGUGUGGUUUUUUUUUUAUUUUUGCACUAUACAUUUUCCUACUUUUUUUUUUUUUGUUUGUUUGUUUUCUUAUCCACUGCCGAUGUCAUAUUUUAUAUUCAAGGUUUGAUCAUGCCUAAAAACUCAUGGGUGAUUACUCGGUUCACUUCAGCAUGAACAUAAAAAUGUCUUAGGUGAACAAUGACCAUUGUUAAAGAAGAUUACCAAUUUGUGUAAAAUGCUACACAUUUAUUAUACUAUAUUUAAGUGUGAGUUUAUAUAUCUACAUUUACUGCUUUGUUAUAUUGAUUGUAGAGGGGGACCUUACAAUACAAAAAUAUUUGCAUGGUCUUAAAAUUGUAUACAUUACCUUAUCUGUUUCACUAAGUGAUUGCUUACAUAUGGACAGGUUGAAAAUAUUGGGAAAUUUGCCUGCAUAUAAAGCUUUAACAUAAUUUUAGCAUCUUCAAAUUAAAACAUGCUUUGUAUUUUCAUA